GUAGGGAGGAAAGCAGUAGAAAAGUUAGAUAACCUAGCUAGAUAGCUAGGAGGGAGGGAAGCAGUAGAAAAGUUAGAUACGCUAGCCAGAUAGCUAGUAGGGAGGAAAGCAGUAGAAAAGUUAGAUAACCUAGCUAGAUAGCUAGGAGGGAGGAAAGCAGUAGAAAAGUUAGGUAAACUAGCUAGAUAGCUAGGAGGGAGGGAAGCAGUAGAAAAGUUAGAUAACCUCGCUAGAUAGCUAGGAGGGAGGGAAGCAGUAGAAAAGUUAUUUGUUUUAGGAUAACUGAGGCUGCAUGCACUUUCUCAUCCUACAGUUACAAACAACAACAACUCCAUUCAGAAUAUUAAGUAGCAGCCUACAUGUUGGCUCUUGGUCAUCGUAGGCUGUCCUUCUCCUUUAACAUUGUGCGAGGCUCUAUGACUGUAGCCUAUUGCUGCUUUGAUGACCUAUGAUUGGCCAAUAACAACAACAAGCUACACGCGCCACUCUCAUGAAAAGGAAAGAGCAGUAGCAUAAAUUAUACCAUUGUUCUCUUUCUCUCUCUACUGAAGCAGUCACGUUUGGAUCUAUAUUGGUACUUCCGAACAAGUAAUUUGAAAUGACACAUACCCGAGACCCAUGACAAUCACAUCAGACCCAGGCCCGUGACAUUAUUUAGAAGUCUUGAUCCGAACCCUCUCGGGUAUAGGUGGAUCUGCGAAGACCUGUAGUGUGAUGCGCUCAUGUGUUUAUAACCCAGAAAUUGUCCACUUCCUCACUCCACUACAGUGUUGGUCUCUAAGGUAUUCCUCAGCCAGAAUGGAAGGUUUUUUCUUUGUAAUCAUGGCGUCAGUUUUCCAGUGGUUGUCUCAGGACAUUCCUAAAAUAAAUGACAUUGUCAAAGGGUUGCCCUAACUCCCUCACUUACACGUACUGUAUAUUUACAGUAUAUACACUGAGUGUACAAAACAUGAAGCACAACGUCCUAAUAUAUAUAUACAUAUAUAUCCCUGUGUCGAAAGCAUUCCACAGGGAUGCUGGCCCAUGUUGUGUCAAGUUGCCUGGAUGUCAUUUGGGUGGUGGACAGUUCUUGAUACACACAUGGGCAACAGUUGAGCGUGAAAAACCCAGCAGCGUGGUACUUCAAAAUCCUGUAUCUUGCCCAUUCACCCUCUGAAUGACACACACAUGCACAAUCCACCCUUUAUCUUUCCCAUUCACCCUCUGAAUGACACACACAUGCACAAUCCACCCUUUAUCUUUCCCAUUCACCCUCUGAAUGACACACACAUGCACAAUCCACCCUUUAUCUUUCCCAUUCACCCUCUGAAUGACACACACAUGCACAAUCCACCCUUUAUCUUUCCCAUUCACCCUCUGAAUGACACACACAUGCACAAUCCACCCUUUAUCUUUCCCAUUCACCCUCUAAAUGACACACACAUGCACAAUCCACCCUUUAUCUUGCCCAUUCACCCUCUGAAUGACACACACAUGCACAAUCCACCCUUUAUCUUUCCCAUUCACCCUCUGAAUGACACACACAUGCACAAUCCACCCUUUAUCUUUCCCAUUCACCCUCUGAAUGACACACACAUGCACAACCCAUGUCUCUAUUGUCUCAAGACGUAACACUGUUUUAUUUCAUCUGUCUCCUCUCAUUCAUCUACACUGAUUUGAAGUGGAUUUAACAAGUGACCUCAACAAGGGAUCAUAGCCUUCACCUGGAUUCCCCUGCUAAGUCGAUGACCAUGGAGUCGGCAGCAGAGGUUCAGCAGGGAGGAGACACAGCCGUGUCAGAGACAGACAGCCAACAGAUCGCCCACUCACAGGUUAGUACCCUGCCACAUACUGGUACAGCACCUCAUCACUACUACCACUCACAGGUUAGUACCCUGCCACAUACUGGUACAGCACCUCAUCACUACUACCACUCACAGGUUAGUACCCUGCCACAUACUGGUACAGCACCUCAUCACUACUACCACUCACAGGUUAGUACCCUGCCACAUACUGCUACAGCACCUCAUCACUACUACCACUCACAGGUUAGUACCCUGCCACAUACUGGUACAGCACCUCAUCACUACUACCACUCACAGGUUAGUACCCUGCCACAUACUGGUACAGCACCUCAUCACUACUACCACUCACAGGUUAGUACCCUGCCACAUACUGGUACAGCACCUCAUCACUACUACCACUCACAGGUUAGUACCCUGCCACAUACUGGUACAGCACCUCAUCACUACUACCACUCACAGGUUAGUACCCUGCCACAUACUGGUACAGCACCUCAUCACUACUACCACUCACAGGUUAGUACCCUGCCACAUACUGGUACAGCACCUCAUCACUACUACCACUCACAGGUUAGUACCCUACCACAUACUGCUACAGCACCUCAUCACUACUACCACUCACAGGUUAGUACCCUGCCACAUACCGGUACAGCACCUCAUCACUACUACCACUCACAGGUUAGUACCCUGCCACAUACUGGUACAGCACCUCAUCACUACUACCACUCACAGGUUAGUACCCUGCCACAUACUGGUACAGCACCUCAUCACUACUACCACUCACAGGUUAGUACCCUGCCACAUACUGCUACAGCACCUCAUCACUACUACCACUCACAGGUUAGUACCCUGCCACAUACUGGUACAGCACCUCAUCACUACUACCACUCACAGGUUAGUACCCUGCCACAUACUGGUACAGCACCUCAUCACUACUACCACUCACAGGUUAGUACCCUGCCACAUACUGCUACAGCACCUCAUCACUACUACCACUCACAGGUUAGUACCCUGCCACAUACUGGUACAGCACCUCAUCACUACUACCACUCACAGGUUAGUACCCUGCCACAUACUGGUACAGCACCUCAUCACUACUACCACUCACAGGUUAGUACCCUGCCACAUACUGGUACAGCACCUCAUCACUACUACCACUCACAGGUUAGUACCCUGCCACAUACUGGUACAGCACCUCAUCACUACUACCACUCACAGGUUAGUCUACACUGCCUCCCUGUCUCUCUACCACACACUGCUACAUCUACCACAUACUGCUGCUACACACUACUACAUACUCACUGACUGAUAGGGUAUGUGCUGACACUCCACACACACGGCAGAGAUCUAUGACUGACAGAGAGACGGUAAUCAGCAUGACCCUGUAGUACUAGAAAUCGGGUCACCUACCAGAGGAGGCUGGUGGGAGGAGCUAUAGGGGGAUGGCUCAUUGUAAUGGCUGGAAUGCAAGCAGGAGACAGUAAAAUGGCCAGGUGACCAAGCCGAGACACAGUAGGAUGUCACAGAAUAUACUGUACAUACUUACAUCACUCACACUACCGUUCCAUUCUCAUACACACAAGAAAUUCGUACAGUUGAUGUCGGAAGUUUACAUACACUUAGGUUGGAGUAAUUCAAACUUGUUUUUCAACCACUCCACACAUUUUUUGUUAACAAACUAUAGUUUUGGCAGGUCAGUUAGGACAUCUACUUUGUGCAUGACACAAGUCAUUUUUCCAACAAUUGUUUACAGACAAAUUAUUACACUUCACUGUAUCACAAUUCCAGUGGGUCAGAAGUUUACAUGCACUAAGUUCACUGUGACUUUAAACAGCUUGGAAAAUUCUAGGAAAUGAUGUCUUGGCUUUAGAAGCUUCUGAUAGGCUAAUUGACAUAAUUUGAGUCAAUUGGAGGUGUGGCUGUAUUUCAAGGCCUACCUUCAAACACAGUACCUCUUUGCUUGACAUCAUGGGAAAAUCUAAAGAAAUCAGCCAAGACCUCAGAAAGAAAAUUGUAGACCUCCACAAGUCUGGUUCAUCCUUGGGAGCAAUUUCCAAACGCCUGAAGGUACCACGUUCAUCUGUACAAACAAUAAUACGCAAGUAUAAACACCAUGGGACCACGCACCCGUCAUACCGCUCAGGAAGGAGACGCGUUCUGUCUCCUAGAGAUGAACGUACUUUGGUGGGAAAAGUGCAAAUCAAUCCCAGAACAACAGCAAAGGACCUUGUGAAGAUGCUGGAGGAAACAGGUACAAACGUAUCUAUAUCCACAUUGAAACGAGUCCUAUAUUGAUAUAACCUGAAAGGCCGCUCAGCAAGGAAGAAGCCACUGCUGCAAAACCGCCAUUAAAAAAAGCCAGACUACGGUUUUCAACUGCACAUGUGGACAAAGAUCGUACUUCUUGGAGAAAUGUCCUCUGGUCUGAUGAAACAAAAAUAGAACUGUUUGGCCAUAAUGAACAUCGUUAUGUUUGGAGGAAAAAGGGGGAGGCUUGCAAGCCGAAGAACACCAUCCCAACCAUGAAACACGGUGUUGGCAGCAUCAUGUUGUGGGGGUGCUUUGCUGCAGGAGGGACUGGUGCACUUCACAAAAUGGAUGGCAUCAUGAGGACGGAAAAUUAUGUGGAUAUAUUGAAGCAAUAUCUCAAGACAUCAGUCAGGAAGUUAAAGCUUGGUCGCAAAUGGGUCUUCCAAAUGGACAAUGAGCCCAAGCAUACUUCUAAAGUUGUGGCAAUAUGGCUUAAGGACAACAAAGUCAAGGUGUUGGAGUGGCCAUCACAAAGCCCUGACCUCAAUCCUAUAGAACAUUUGUGGGCAGAACUGAAAAAACGUGUGCGAGCAAGGAGGCCUACAAACCUGACUCAGUUACUCCAGCUCUGUCAGGAGGAAUGGGCCAAAAUUCACUCAACUUAUUGUAGGAAGCUUGUGGAAGGCUGCCCUAAACGUUUGACACAAGUUAAACAAUUUAAAGGCAAUGCUACCAAAUACUAAUUAAGUGUAUGUAAACGUCUGGCCCACUGGGAAUGUGAUGAUAGAAAUAAAAGCUGAAAUAAAUCAUUCUCUCUACUUUUAUUCUGACAUUUCACAUUCUUAAAAUAAAGUGGUGAUCCUAACUGACCUAAGACAGGGAAUGUUUACUCGGAUUAAAUGUCAGGAAUUGUGAAAAACUGUGUUUAAAUGUAUUUGGCUAAGGUGUAUUUAAUCGUCCGAAUUCAACUGUACCCAUACAGACACAAAAUAAUGUAUUUUAUAAAAGUACGUAGUAUGGCCCAGAAAACCCCAAGUUUUUCCAUACUAGGAGAGACUCGGGGGUUCUAGUCAUAGGUGUGUCCCCCCUGGACAGCAGGAUUAUGUUUAUGCUUUGCAGGUUUCCA